AUGUUGACGUUUGAUGAUAAUUUAUUCUUGAAAAUUGUUGCGUGGUUUUUUUAUUGCCCGUUUUAUAUCUAUGCAUUGAUUGUGAAAUUUUAUUUCAGUAAAAAGCGUCAUGUCACAGUUCAUGCGCCACAACAACCGAGAGUUGUUGUAGUCACAGGAGCUUCACAGGGAAUAGGAGAAGGUCUUGUAGAAUAUUAUUGUAGAAAUUGUCCAUCAUGCGAAAUAAUUAUCAUGAUCAGUCGAAGUAAAGAAAAACUUGAAAAGGUCAAAGAACAGUUCGAUACGAAUUCACAAAAGAAAUUGCUUAUAUAUGCUUGUGAUGUGACCAACAGCGAAGAAAUGAAAAGUAUUCUCUCGGAUAUUCAUCGAACAUGCGGCCAAAUCGAUAUUCUUUUCGCCAAUGCCGGUGUUUCAUUUCGACAACUUUCAGAAAACAAUUCGUUUGACAAAGCAGUUCGAGAUAUAUUCAAAAUCAACGUCUCUGGUGUUAUUAAUACUAUUAUGCCAUUAAUUGAAUUGAAAGCUGUAAGACAGAUCGUUAUUAUUUCUUCUCAAGCUGCUUACGCACCAGUGAUGUCACCUAUUUACGGCGCUACGAAACAAUGCGUACUUUCAUUUGGUCUCGAUCUUCGACAUAUGCUUGCAAAGGAUAAUAUUGCUGUCAAUGUUGUUUCACCCGGACCUAUUGUAACGCCAAUGCUGCUCGGUUCGAAUCCAAGAUCCGUUUCGCGAGGAGUUUCAGUGAAUGAAGCCGCUCGAAUAAUGGCGGAUGGUAUUCGUCGAAAUCAAGCGGAGAUUGUCUUUCCUGCAGUUACUGGUAUCUUCAUGUACCUCUUACAAUCUUUACCGACGUGUCUUGCUGAAGCCAUUGCAUUUCACCUGCUUGUCAAAAAUUGA